AUGGCUUCUAUUGCUAAAAAUUUGGUGCAGUUUCCAUGUGGACGACUCUUAAAUAAAAAUGAGAAACACGAAGAGAAAUUAGUCAUGCUCACCAAUCAGUCAGAAGAUUCUGAAAGAUGUGAAAGCAUGGAGCUGGAUAAUAAAAUCUGCGAUCUGAUUGAGAAGAAUGUUUCUCCUGAUCCCAGAGGGGUCACCCCGGGACCAAUGCCAAGUCACAGAAGUCCAUGUUCUGUGAAGACUCCAGGAAAACCAGCUUCCGUGGCACAUUUCCUACAGUGCACAACUAGAAUGAAUGGUACAGAAACUUCUACUGAGCAUGCAGAGUGGACUGAAUCAUCGAGAAGAAAGAACUUAACAAAUUCCCUUGAACAAAAGAUAAGGUGCCUGGAAAAACAGAGAAAAGAGCUCCUGGAAGUUAACCAGCAAUGGGAUCAGCAAUUUAGAAGCAUGAAAGAGUUAUAUGAAAGAAAGGUCGCAGAGCUGAAAACGAAACUGGACACCGCAGAAAGCUUCCUAGGCACGCUGGAGAAGGAGCUGCCGCAGAGCCAGAGGGAGAGCGACCUGCAGCAGCGCGAGGAGAAGGAAAAGGAGAGCCUAAAUGAAGAAUUACAUGAAUUGAAGAGAGAGAAUAAGCUUUUGAAGGAAAAAAAUGCUCUCGCAAACCAGAAGAAGCAACAUUUUGAAUGUGAAAUAAAACGCCUCAAUAAGGCUCUUCAGGAUGCCUUGAAAAUGGAGUGUUCUUCAUCUCCUGAGGAUUGUUUGAGGAAGUCUGAAAUGGAGUGCAGCCAUGAGGAGAUGAGAACAGAAAUGGAAGUUCUCAAACAGCAGGUGCAAAUAUACGAAGAAGACUUCAAAAAGGAGCGAUCAGACCGAGAAAGACUUAAUCGAGAAAAAGAGGAGCUACAGCAAAUCAAUCAAACUUCUCAAACCCAGUUGAACAGGCUGAAUUCUCAGAUAAAAGCUUGUCAGAUGGAGAAAGAAAAACUAGAAAGGCAAUUAAAACAGAUGUAUUUCCCAACCAGUAACUACGGCUGGAAUUUCCACCUACGGGAUCCAUGCCUACCGACAGACCCUGGGGCUGUGCAGGAUCGACAGAAGUACCCACCAGACUAUCAGUGGUAUGCUCCCGACCUGUUUCCGCCAGAUGUGCAGGACAAGGCGAAUGGUUUCUCCUCAGAAAAGAAAGCCAAUGCAUAG